GGCCUGACUGUUGGCGCGGAGGGAGUACGGCAGGAGCUGUGGGCGGUAGCGCCACAGCGAGGCUGAGAGCAGAGCUGGUCGCGUGAGGCUCGGCAGCUUCGCUUCAGGUGUGACGAGCAGCGGCGGCCUGGCCGAGCGCGAAGAACCAAGCUGUGCAAACGCGGUCACCAUGGACCGCCCAGAUGAAGGGCCUCCGGCCAAGGCCCGCCGCCUUAGUGGCUCCGAGCCCCCUCAGAGCGAGCUGCCGCCGCCGCCGCCUCCUCCUCUCCUGCGCCUGCCCCUGCCUCCACCUCAGCAGCGCCCGAGGCUCCAGGAGGAAACCGAGGCGGCACAGGUGCUGGCUGACAUGAGGGGGGUGGGACUGGGCCCUGCUCUGCCCCCGCCUCCGCCCUAUGUCAUUCUCGAGGAGGGGGGUAUCCGCGCAUACUUCACCCUGGGGGCUGGGGGUCCUGGCUGGGAGCCCGCAGUCGAGUCAGGGUACGGGGGGUCGUCCCCUCCCGCGGAGAGCCUAGAAACGCUCUCUCCCUCAGAGGUUUCUGGGGGAAGCCUGGAGAUUGACUUCCAGGUGACGGAGCCCAGCAGCUUUGCAGGAGAGAAGGCCCUAGAAACCUGUAGCGCAGGGGGGCGGGGGUACCAGAGGUUAGCCGGUCCAAGGGGGAGAGAGGAGACUGUCAUCAUCGUGGAAGACGACGACGAGGAUGAAAAGGAAAGCGUGAGGAAGAGGAGGAGGAGGAGGAAGAGGAAGCCCAGGAAGGUGAAGAGGGAAAGCCCAGAGAAGAAUGCCGAGAAGAUAGAGUGCAUCCUGCAGGCUCUGGAAAACAUUCAACUAGACCUGGAGGCGGUGAAUAUCAAGGCAGGCAAGGCCUUCCUCCGUCUCAAGCGCAAGUUCAUCCAGAUGCGGAGACCCUUCCUGGAGCGCAGAGAUCUUAUCAUCCAGCAUAUCCCAGGCUUCUGGGUCAAAGCAUUCCUCAACCACCCCAAAAUUUCAAUCUUGAUCAACCAACGCGAUGAAGACAUUUUCCGCUACUUGACCAACCUGCAGGUACAGGAUCUCAGACAUAUCUCCAUGGGCUACAAAAUGAAGCUGUACUUCCAGACAAACCCCUACUUCACAAAUAUGGUGAUUGUCAAGGAGUUCCAGCGCAACCGCUCAGGCCGGCUGGUGUCUCACUCCACCCCAAUUCGCUGGCACCGGGGCCAGGAACCUCAGGCCCACAGGCAUGGGAACCAGGACGCCAGCCACAGCUUCUUCAGCUGGUUCUCAAACCAUAGCCUCCCAGAAGCUGACAGGAUUGCUGAGAUUAUCAAGAAUGACCUGUGGGUUAACCCUGUGCGUUACUACAUGAUGGGAGAAGGGGGCUACAGAACAAGCAGAAAGAAGCAAGAAAAAGAAGAAAGUAAAAACAAGGAUGAAUAUGAAGUGGUGAUCGUGGAAGACUCUGAUGACUAUCACAUCAUGGAAGACAUUAUUGGAGAGACCUCAGACAGUGAUGGUAUCACCGACAAUGAGACCAUUCAUGACGUCAAGAUCUCUGACUUCAUGGAGACUACUGACUGCUUCGAGACCACUGACAACGAGAUAACUGAUAUCAGUGAGAGCCUCUGUGACAGCGAGUGCCCUGGCCACAAUGAGACCACCGACAACAACGAAAGCCCCAAUGACAAUGAAACCACUGAUAACAAUGAGAGUGCUGAUGACAAGGAGAGUACCGAUGACAACACUGAGAACCCUGAAGAUGACAACACUGAUGAGAACGAAGAGAACCCUGAUGACAACGAUGAGAAUGCUGAUGAGAACCCCAAAGGUGGCAACCAAAGCAGCAAUGGCAACAACCAGGACAGCAGUGACAGUGACAAUGAAGGAGACAAUGAUGGCAGUGAUAUUGAAGAUAAUGAUGGCAACGAAGGUGACAAUGAAGGUAGUGAUGAUGAUGGCAACGAAGGUGACAAUGAAGGCAGCGAUGAUGACGACAGAGACAUUGAAGACUACGAGAAUUACCUUGAAGACUCUGACAAGGAUCACCAUAACACCACCAACCAGGAUGACUAUGAGGACGAAGUAGAGAACAUCUCUGAAGAAGAGUCGUCAGUGGAGGAAGAGGAGGAGGGCAGUGAGGAAGGCAGUGAGCAAGGUGAGAACAGCAAUGAUGAGGAAGGAAUCGAGGACGACUCAGGAGAGGAAGACUCAGAAGACUCCGACAUGGAGAAGGUGCUUCAGGUCCAAAACCCUUGGGCCAUCCCGGCAAAGAGGGGCAAAAUGGGAUAAACGUCUUACCCUUUCAGGGGCUGCUUCUCUAUAUCCUCCUCCCCCUGCCCCAUUUGCCCUCCCUAUCAGCUAGGGCCGAGCGGCCCCGCAUUGCACUUCUGGGGGGUGACUGACUUCGUACACGGGUUUAAAGUUUAUUUUUAUGGUUUAGUAAUUGAGAAGUUCUUAUUUUGGGGGGAGGGAAUGGGGGCUUUCCCCUUCCUUUUAGCCCUCCUCCCCUGCAGGCUUCUGUGUGCUGCUAAACGUAUUUAUUGUGAUGCCUUGGUCAGGGCCCCUCUAUCCCCCUCCUCGUGCUGUGUGGAGUGGACACCCUUGAUCCCGAAGCGGGGAGGGCUGCUGUGGCCUUGGGGGGCUCUGCUGCCACCCUGUUCUCCCAAGUCCCUCGCUUUUCCUCCACCCGUCGCCUUUACCAGCUGCGCCCGCUAGCCCGCCUCGGUGUCUAUGCAAGGCCGCUUCGCCAUUGCGGUAUUCCUGUGCCCCUCCCCCAGAAGUCCCACCUCCUUCCCUCUGGACCUGGUAAUCCUAAUAAAAGUGUGAGCAAAUUCA